CUCUCUGUCCCUCUAGAUAGAUCCAUAUCAUGUACUCUGCAUUUCCUCAUAGAUGAUGUUUCUCUCCCUGGAUACAGAGUUUUGUUCGGUUUAUGAGAGGAAGAAGUCCUCAGACAAUCUUAACUGAUCUGGACCCAGGCCUCAGAGAUGCAGUGAGGGGCGAAUUACCAAACACAAAACACGUUACUUGCAUAUGGAAUAUUUUGCCCAAGGUAUCAAGUUGGUUCUCUGUUCCACUUGGAUCUCAAUAUGCAGACUUCAGAUCUGAGUUUGAUGCAUUGCAUUGUGUAGAGAAUACAGAGGACUUUGAGUUACGAUGGAAUGAAAUGGUUUCUCAGUUUGGACUGGGUUCAGAUAAACACAUUGCUUUACUUCAUUCAAUUCGGACUUCUUGGGCUUUGUGCUAUACAAGGGGUCACUUUCUUGCUCGAAUGACAAGUGUUGCAUUUUUUAGAUCUGUAGACUCAUUCCUGAAAGGAAUCUUCAGCCCAAAUGCAUGCUUGCGUAGUUUUUUUGACCAGGUAGGAAUAUCGGCUACUUUUCAAAACCAGUCACACCAUGAAAUGCAGUAUAUGCCUUCCAAAGCGUGCAUUCCAAUGGAAGAGCAUGCUCGAAGCAUUCUAACACCUUUUGCAUUCAAUGCUUCGCAAAAUGAACUCGUGCUGGCCAUGCAAUAUGCAAUGUCUGAAUUGGCUGAUGGUUCCUACCUUUUACGCCAUUAUAAGAAGAUGGAUGGCGACUGUCUUGUCAUGUGGAUGCCAGAAGAAGAGCAUAUUCACUGCUCAUGUAAGGAAUUUGAAUCUUCAGGGAUUUUAUGCAGACAUGCCCUUUCUGUUUUUAUUAGAAAGAAUUACUUUCAACUUCCCGAUAAAUACUUCAUUACUAGAUGGCGCCGAGAAAGCUCUAUAACAUGUUAUGAUGAACCUGCUCCUCAAGAUACUGACAAUGAAUGGUUUCGAGAAUAUCAGUCCCUCAGUGAGUCGCUGUUCACAGAAUCGUCGCUUACAAGGGGGCGUACCAAUUAUGUCCACAGGGAAUUAAUGAAAGAAGUCAGGAGGAUCCUUGAAGAAGUUAGGAGCAUGCCAGAGACCGAUGGCAUCGCAGUGGAUUUGACACUUUCUCCAACUGGAUGAUCUUUCUGAUGGUGCUUGUGUUACUUACACGUGCCUGAGCUUCUUGCAUUUUUCACAUGAAGAACUGAGAAGAUGAUUGAAAAUGGUCAGAAAUGUGAAGAGAAGUGAAGAUCUUUUACUCUGUUUCCGCGGUCGAGCACGAGAGGGAGUGGACCGUACAUGCAGGGACUUGAUAUAGACAUCAUUACUCUGCCAUCGCCCAUCGGUGGCUCCAAGUGAAUCACUCCUGAAGCUGAAGAUAAAGAACCAAGGAUGAGGACAUUGGCACGAGGUACUCUUUGUACGAUUUGUAGGCAAAAAAUAACUGAAGUAGAUUAGCUGCAUUUCACCAACAAAGACGAAUGUCUUGAUGAGAAAGCUUAGUUCGUUUCUGUUAUUCCAUUUCUUUUGUGAA